AUGAAGUAUCUCCUCCUCCUCCUGCCGCUCAUCGCCAUCUUCGCCCCUUGCAUUGUUUGCAAUGCAAUAGAACUAGUGUAUGACUCGGUAGGCAAGGAGCUAAGCAAUGAAAAUGAAUAUUACAUCUUUCCAGUAGGACAUAAGUUUGGUGGGGGUGCCCUCACCAUAAUGUAUGCUGAAAAUACACGAUGUGAACAUUUUGUGUCUCAUAAGAAUGAGGAGGCUCUACAGGGCACAAAAUUGUCGUCAACAUCUAAGCUGCAGUAUGUCGUGGCCAACGCAGAUAUAGAUCCUAACUACCCAGCAUCAGCUAAGGUGUUCCGCAUUGAGAGGUAUAGUGAUGACAUCAAAAUGGGGUACAAGAUACUGUCAUGCAGUACCCUAGGGGAGCAUUGCAAAAACCUAGGAUUUCAUGGCAUGAAGGAUAGGAUGUUACUAGUUGAAACAGAUGAGCCAUUAGCAGUGCACUUCAACAAGGUCAAAUGA